UGAACCUCAAGGCACUGAGGUAAUCACUGCUGCCACUGAGCACGCUGUAGUGAUGCAAGUAAUAACAUGUAAUCUAAAAGAUGUUUCAGCAGUAAUACCUGAUGUUUUGAUUGAGGAAACAACUGAGAUUCGAGAACACUUGAUAGAAAGAAAAGCAAGUGUGAUGGAGGUAAAGGACACUUUUGAGAGCACAACACCAUUAGAGAAGAACAAUGUCAUUAACACAGCAGAAGAAGGCAGUGUGGUUGUUAUGAUGCAUGUUCCAUCACUAGAGUUUGACGACAAUCACAGAUUCCAAGUGCAAGUGGUGGAUGUUGAUAUCAAUUCAGCAGAGAAUAUCGUCAACACAAUGAUUGAGGUAGGGGUUACAGAAGCCAAAGAAGUUAUUGAUGUUUGUCAUGAAACUCUUGAAAAAGUAGAAAAUCUAUCUGCCUCUACUGCAAUCGAAGAGGAAGUGAAUAACGAGGAAAACAAUCGAACUGUUCAAGAAGUUAUUCAAUAUGUAAAGGGGAAUUUACCAGAGCCCACUCCUGAAUCUGUGCCAGAUAAGUUGGAACAAGAAGUUAUAAAACAACCAGAUAUUAGCGAGACAGUUCAAAGUGCACCAAGUGAACCAGAGGAUGAAAAAAUGAUGGACAGUUCUGGGGAGCUCAUAGAAGAAGAGGAUGAAGGACAUGGGAUCCCAGCUGAGCAGAAAGAGUCUGAGGAUCAAUUGCGAAUUUCUGAUUUAGGUUUAGAUAUCUCUACCCAUGAUCACACAGAGGAUCUGGAAGAAACUCAAGCUGAGCUGCAAAAAUCAGAGGUAUGUGUGACAGCGGAGGAUGCAACAUCUGAAGAAUUAGCUAAGAAGAAAGAUGGCGAUACCACCACAGAAGCUCAAAAACUACAAAGUACACAAAGCCAGAUUGUUACACCAAAUAACACAGGAUUAGUAGCCCCCCAGAACACGGGUAUGAUCUCGUCAAUAGGUAAUGUAGAGUCUCCUUCAAGCCUGUCCUUAGAAUUCAAACUUAACAUACAGUUUGGGCAGCUAAAGGCACCAGCAUCCCCACCACCUUCUGCAGAACCUGUGAAACAGCUUAAUGUGUCCGAAGUUGCUGUUCAGGCAGUAGAAGCAGUGGAACCUACAAACCUGAUAAAUGCAAUGCAAAGAGCUGAGAGCGAGAAACAAAUGGAGCUAAUGGAAGUCGCUGUUCAGACAACAGAAAUCACUGAAUCAGAAGCUGUGGUCUCCCAUCAGCCUAAACUUCAGGACGUUGCUAUCCAAAAAAUGGAAACAACACAACCAGCAGAACAAGCUGAAUCAGAGGAACCAAUAAUCUCCAAAAUCCAGGCAGCAGAAACCACCAAACCGCUGAAGCAAAUCACAGAGCCAGCAGAAAAAUUAGAUUUAACUGAAAGAGCCAUGAUAUCAAAACAGCCAGUACUACAGGCUGUUAGCAUCCACACAAUAGAAACAAUAGAACCAGUGGAACAAAUUCAGUCAAAGCAAUCGAUAAUACCAGACAUUCAGGCCACACAAACGACAGAACCUGUGAUGCAAAAAGAGAAACGAGGCCUGUUGAUCAGUCAUCCUGCAGUCUUCAAGGCUCGUAGCAAAGAAAAAACAGCAGAGGAGCCCAUUAAACAAAUAGAGGAGGAAAAUGAUGACGUGUGGCUGGAUGCUGAGGAAGACAUUUACACCCAAGAGGAAAAGGGGGCAUCCCACAUCAAAGUGGAAGAACCCACGGAGCCUCAAGCCAGAAGUGCACAUGAGGGAAAAGAAGCUCCUGAAUCUGAGUUUGAAAUGGCACCUGAUACCAAGAGUGAGGAUGAGGAAUAUCAUCAGAGAUUGCAUGAAACAGGAGGAAUAGGUGAAAUUGAGAGUGAAGGUGAAGAUUUUGCUGUUGCCCUGGAGUACCCAGUAAUCACAACAUGUGUCACUCAGGCAGAAUGGGAUUAACCUAACCCAGCUCAAGUGUUACUGAGUGGUGGAACAAUCAAAAAGUAAAAGGAAGAAAGCUUCAUAAAGCCAUCAAAGCCUUUUAUUUCACAUUAUGUUGCACCAAAAUAUUCUGAUAUUUAUUAGCGAAACUAGCCUUAAUUGCUAAGAUUAUCUUAUUAUUAUACAGUAUAUGACUUAAGAGAGUGUUUUGGAAAGUGUGCAUUGAAAAAAAGGUUAAUCUUCUCAGGGGGCUUGAAUUGUGAUUUUUGAAUGAUUUUAGAAGUGUGACAAUGAGCUACUUUUACCACGCAGGGGCCUCAGUAAAUUUAACUACCUGUUUGUCAUGUAAUGCAACUUCAUUGCUAAUUAUGUCAGGUCUCUCCACUCAUAAUUCACACAUUAUUAUGCCUAAGUUUUUGAAUAGACUAUAUAUGCCAGUAAGUCAAUAAGAAUAUCAUAAUAUAUUUGUUGAAUCUUUUCACCUUUUAUGGUAAAAAGCUUAAAAAACGUUCAGGUGUUAUUCACAGACCACAUUAAAUCAUGAUGUAUGUUACCAGUUACAGCACAUAGAAACACCUUUUUAUAAAAAUUAGCAAAAUGUAGAUAUUUCCACAACACAUUUAUUUGCAAUUAGUAUUUCACUUAUGCCACAUGAUUUAAAAAGUCAGACCUGAACAUACUGAGGAGAUAUAUAUAUAUAUAUACAUAUAUUAUUAUUAUCAUAUGUGAUCUUGUACAUAAUGAAUAUUUUAGUGAUUAGAAUUUUUACUGUGAGCAGUUCGAAAAUAAGAGCAUGGUGAGAGCAUGGCAUGAAGCAAGGUGUGACAGUGUUUAAUUUAAAGCUCAACUUAAUCAAAUACGCAGUUAAUCAAAUUUUAAUCAGCAGUGCCUUAAGCAACCAUGUUUACUCAAACUUUUCUGUUCUCCUGUUCUUUAACAGGCUGUUUCUACCACUGAAAAAAAUAAAAAGUGGAAAUUUUGAUUGUCUCAAAAUUUCAAGUUAAGCUGAGAAUUUGAGAUACUAACCCUAAAUUUAGACUUAGAGACAGGAAAAAAAAUCUAAGUGCCAGAAACAAGCCUCCUCACUAAGCUUGAUGCCUGAGGCUCAGUAAUCAAACUGCAACACAGUGAGAGAAAUAAGCUUGUGAAAAGGUAUUUAUGUUAGCUGUAUGCUUUUACUUUGAAAUCUCAUUUCCAUUACUGUCUGUUAUGGACAAUCCUUGCUUGUCUGAUGUCACUAAUAUUGAUUUAUGUGUAUUUAUAUGUUUUCUGAUAUA